AUGAAGCGCCUCGCAGUCUUCUUCCUCUCCCUCCUCCUAUACCCUUACCUUUCUUCGGCACUCAAAUUUGACCUCGUGGCCCAACCAGGACACAGUGCCAAAAAUGAACGGUGCAUACGCAACUUUGUCACAAAGGAUACCCUCGUCGUGGUCACAGCAAUUGUGAGCGGCAGCAGAGGCGAUGGACAGAUGGUUAACAUGCACAUCAAAGACGCUGUGGGGAACGAUUACGGUCGACCUAAGGAUGUUGCGGGUGAGAAGAGAAUGGCGUUUACAAGUUUGGCGGAUACCGCGUUCGAUGUAUGCUUUGAGAACACGUUGACUGGUCGAUCUGCUGUUCCCAACCCCACCCGCCAUGUUGAACUCGACAUCGAUAUUGGCGCGGACGCUCGGGACUGGUCCGCGAUCCAAGCCAACGAAAAGCUCAAGCCUGUGGAAGCGGAUCUGCGAAGAAUAGAGGAGACAGUCAAUGAGAUUGUCCAAGAGAUGGAGUAUCUCCGAAUCAGAGAACAAAAGCUACGGGAUACCAAUGAGAGCACGAAUGAGAGGGUCAAAUGGUUUGCCUUUGGGACGAUGGGAAUGUUGGUGGGCCUCGGAGCGUGGCAGGUCGAGGAUCACCUGGAUGAAAUCGGAGAAGAAUACCCAGAACCAGUGUCCGAGCACACCCAGAACGCAAAUAAAAACCCCAGCCACGUGCCAGCUAAAGCCAGUGCAAGCAUGUUUGACGGCGACAAUCCCACGUGGCAGGGUGGCGGCGAUGAAUCCCCAGGCAAAGACCCCGGUCCAGUAGUCGGCAAGGACAGUUCUGAAGGCACCGAAAUCUACUCUUUCGAAGAUAUUGUCCUAGUCACGGUCGGCGAGGAGAAGGUGAAAUUCGGGAUCCACAAGAAAAUAUUGGUGUCACAAUGCUCUUUCUUCGACAAGUGCCUUCGCGGAGGUAUGAAAGAGGCACAGGAGAAUGAAGUCACUCUCUGGGACGACGACCCGAGGGCAUUCGGUGUGUUGGCCGAGUGGAUGUACACCGGUCGCCUGGACCACUUGCGACGCCCAGGAGGUGUCCUGAUCAACGCAUACGUUCUCGCCGACAAGUAUGGCAUGCCCGCUCUUCAGAAUGCCAUUGUCGAUCGCUUCAGGGUGGCCAACUGUUCGGGUCUGAGGAAUGUGCUGUGGGCUUGGGGGAGGGUGGCAGAGGGGUCACAACUUCGCAAGCUGUUGGUGGACCAGGUACAUUAUCAGAUCGCGAAAGCCCCAGAAAAAUACAGACGGGGCAGCACCAAUACAGUGGAUGCCUGUGCCGCCGCAUUCGAGGAGAUUGUCGAGACGAACGCGGAGCUGACGACGGCGUUGAUGUGGAAGAUGUUCGACCUCAGCGGCCGGACUGGGAGCCGAAUCCCUACCAAUCCUGCUUCACUUGUUGGCUGCGUUUACCAUCUCCACGAAGACGCCAGGCAAUGCAAGUGA